GAAAUUAAUUGCUUUCCAAGUCAGAAUUCAAUGGCUCGGUUUAUCUUUCUUUUCCUUGCCUUACUCGUUCUGAUCACUAAUGUUACCAUUAUUAGCAUUUGUAAUGGCAACUCUGUUCAUGCGGUCUGUAUUGAGAGCGAGAAAGAAGCCCUUUCGAAGUUCAAGCAAGGUAUCGUGGAUCGCACCAAUCGAUUGGCCUCUUGGGUUUCUAAUGGAGAUUGCUGUAGAUGGACGGGAAUUAUUUGCGACAAGCCGACAACAUAACUGGUCACGUCAUUGAACUCCACCUCAGAACUACUGCUCCAUGGGAGGUCGGUUACUUUGUGUACGAUUAUGGGGCUAAUGAGGCCUAUGAGAGGUCGAUGCUAGGUGGUAAGAUAAGUCCUUCUCUGCUCCACUUGAAACAUUUGAGUUAUUUGGAUCUCAGCAACAAUGAUUUUGGAGGAAUUCAAAUCCCCAAGUUUUUUGGUUCUUUGGAGAGUUUAAGAUACCUUAACCUCUCCCGUGCAAAUUUUGGAGGGGAGGUUCCUCACCAUCUUGGGAAUCUCUCUAAUCUGAAAUAUCUCAAUCUUGAGAAUGAUUAUUAUGUCGUGUAUGUUGAGAAUCUCCAGGUUGUCUAGUCUUUCUUCAUUGGAGUACCUUGAUUUGAGUUAUGUGGAUCUUAGCCAAGCCUUCAAUUGGUUUCAUGCAUUAAAUGCACUUCCUUCUUUGGUAGAAUUACACUUGUCAUCCUGUCAACUUCCCUAUCAACUUUAUCCCAUUGCAAGUGUAAAUUUAUCAUCUCUUGCUACACUUUCUCUUUCUCAGAAUUCUUUCCAAAACUUAUCAGUGAUCAAUUGGGUUUUUGGUCUCAAGAACUUGAUUUCCCUUGAUCUAUCAAAUAAUGAUAUUGAGGGUCC